AUGGAAGAGGAGAGGAGGGCCUUUCAGAAGGCGCAGGAGGAAGAGAGGAGGAAGACGCACCAGUCUACCUGCAGGGUGGCCACCACUAUCCAGGCUGCCCUCAGAGGCCUCCUGGCAUGCCGUUCCUGGCAUGCCGUUGGAUAUGGGUUGAGCUCCACCACAGAAGAGAGGAACAGAGGAGGUAGGAGGAGGAGGAGGAUGAAGGAGAGAACAGGAGGAACAGCGGCUGAAUCAAAUCCAAUCACAUUUAUUUAUAAAGGCCUUUUUACAUCAGCAGAUGUCACAAAGUCCAAGUCCAAGAUUCUAGCAUCCGUAUUUAGCACUAACUGAAGUUUAUUUAGUGCUCUAUAUGGGUAGCCGGAGAGUAGAGCAUUGCAGUAGUCUAAUCCAGAAGUGACAAAAGCAUGGAUUAGCUUUCAUGCAUCAUUUUUGGACAAAAAGUUUCUGAUUUUUGCAACGUUACGAAGAUGGAAAAAAGCUGCUCUUCAAAUAUUCUUGAUAUGUUUGUCAAAAGAGAGAUCAGGGUCCAAAGUAAUGCCGAGGUCCUUCACAGUUUUAUUUGGGACGACUGUACAACCAUCAAGAUUAAUUGUCAGAUCAAGCAGCAGAUCUCUUUGCUUCUUGGGACCUAAAACUAGCAUCUCUGUUUUGUCCGAGUUUAAAAUAGAAAGAUUGCCGCCAUCCACUUCCUUAUGUCUGAAACACAGGCUUCCAAGGUAGGCAAUUUUGGGGCUUCACCAUGUUCAUCGAAAUGUACAGCUGUGUGUUGUCCGCAUAGCAGUAAAAGUUGACAUUGUGUUUCCGAAUGACCACCAAGAGGUAGAAAACAAUAGUGGUCUGUGAUGGAAAUGUUAAUGUUGGUGCUUUUCUAUUCUUUACAUUUCUAUGUUUGUGCUUUUCUAUAAACCAAUUUCUGUGUUCAUUCAGGUGACUGACUGAACGAAUCCUCACUAUCAGUAGCUGCAAUUUGGCAGUAUGCCCAGACAUUUGUUUUGAGAACGGAAGAUGUCUCAGUUCCAAGGUCCCAGCUUAGAGAGAAGAAGCCUCGUGAGGUAUUGGUCUGUCACAUGUUAUGAACCAGUAUUGGUCUGUCACAUGUUAUGAACCAGUAUUGGUCGGUCACAUGAAUGAAACAAAACACUAAUGAUGAAUGAAUUAUGCAAAUAUAUCUUGUCUGUGUAUAGCCGUAUACAAGACAACUGCUGGGACUGCCCCAGCAGAGCUCCUGGUCGACAUUACAUUUUAGUCAUUUAGCAGACGCUCUUAUGAGUGGAUACAUUUCCAUACUGGCCCCCCAUGGGAAACGAACCCACAACCCUGGCGUUGCAAGCGCCAUGCUCUACCAACUGAGCUACAGGGGACCACUGCCACUGCGCGUUGACAAUAGACAAUGCUUCAUUUAAGAUUGACUUCGAGUGUCCCUAGUGGUAAUUUCCACGACGUUGUAUAGAAUUUCCACCACAGGUCUUAAAACGGAACCUUGAGGAACACCGAAACGUACCAUUGAUUUGUCAGAGGACAAACCAUCCACAGAGACAAACUGAUAUCUUUCUGACAGAUAAGAUCUAAACCAGGCAAGAACUUGUUCGUGUAGACCAAUUAGGGUUUCCAAUCUCUUCAAAAGAAUGUGGUGAUCGAUGGUGUCAAAAGCGACACUAAGGUCUAGGAGCACAGAUGCAGAGCCUUGGUCUGACUCCAUUAAAAUAUAAUUUACCAUCUUCAGGAGUGCAGUCUCUGUACUAUGAUGGGGUCUAAAAACAGACUGGAGUGUUUCGUAUACAUUAUUUGUCUUCAGGAAGGCAGUGAGUUGCUUCUUAACAGCUUUUUCUUAAACAUUUUAGAGGAAUGGGAGAUUCGAUAUAGGUCGAUAGUUUUUUACAUUUUCCGGGUCAAGGUUUGGCUUUUCAGGAGAGGCUUUAUUACCGCCACUUUUAGUGAGUUUGGUACACAUCCGGAGGAUAGGGAGCCGUUUAUUAUUGUGAACAUAGGAGGCCCAAGCACAGGAAGUAGCUCUUUCAGUAGUUUAGUUGGAAUAGGGUCCAGUAGGCAGCUGGAAGGUACAGGAUUAAAAAGCUUGAGUGACUCCAUUGAUCCUAGGUCCUGGCAGUUCUGUGCAGACUCAGGAGAACUGCAUUUUGAAGAAAUGAGCAGAUUCAAAGAGGAUUUAUUUUCAUCUAAGAAGUUUAUAAAUUCAUCACUGCUGAAGUGAAGGCCAUCCUCACUUGGGGAAUGCUGCUUUAUAGUUAGCUUUACGACAGUAUCAAAAAUGCAUUUUGGAUUGUUUUUAUUCUCCUCAAUUAGGUAGAAAAGGUAGGCUGAUCGAGCAGCAGUGGGGGCUCUUCGAUAUUGCACGGUCCUGUCUUUCCAGUUUGGUGGAGCGCCAUUUCCGUUCCAAUUUUCUGGGAGCUUGCUUCAGGGCUCUGAUAUUUUCUGUGUACCAGGGAGCUAAUUUCUGCAUCUAGGGUAUUACGCAAGUUUAAAUUUAGAUUCUAGGUUAGGUGGUUAACUGAUUUUUGUACUUCAACGUCCUUGAGUAGGUGGAGGGAGUCUGGAAGGGCAUCUAGGAAUCUUUGGGUUGUCCGAGAAUGUAUAGGGCAGCUUUUGAUAAUCCUUGGUUGGGGUCUGAGCAGAUUAUUUGUUGAGAUUGCAAACGUAAUAAAAUAGUGGUCCGAUAGUCAAGGAUUAUGAGGAAAAACAUUUAGAUCGACAUUAUUCAUUCCACAGGACAAAAUUAAAUCCAGGGUAUGACUGUGGAAAUGCGUAGGUCUGGAGACAUGUUGGACAAACCCCAAUGAGUCGAUGAUGGCUCCGAAAGCCUUUUAGAGUGGGUCUGUGGACUUUUCCAUGUGAAUAUUGAAGUCACCAAUAUGAAUGUAUCUCUGCCAGAGCAGACAGAGCAGAGGAGACUGGCCUGGAUGAGGGACUGCACCCCAUGGUCCAAACUCUCCCUGCAGAACAAGAGGAAGCACCAGCAGCAGGGGGGGCAGGACCCAGGAGAGGAAGGAGGGCCGCUGAGGGGAGUGGUUUACGUCCCCCUCUACCCCCACAAACUCCUUCAGUCUGGGGCCCGGAACUCCCUUCAGGAGGGAACCUGCAUGAUAUGAUCUAAAAUGUGAUACUCUUUAUUUCAUAAAGGUUCCUUCCGGAAAAAUAAGUUAUGUUUUAGUUGUGCUUGGUUUAGCUUGGACUUUUCACCUUUUUUUAUUCUUCCAUUGUACAGGGCAAACUAGAAGUAGGAUACUAGACUACAAGUAGGAUAUUUAAAUGUAUUUGGCCUAGAUGUAUUAAACCCACGUCUGCAAAACAGUCAAUCAGACAAAAACAAAAAACCAACAAACCAGCCAUAAAAAAAACAAAAGCAACUUUUUACUGACUGGGCUCUACAUGUAGCUUCUCAUGCAGGUGACCACAGUUGUUCUUGUCCCAAUGCCCCAGACUGCAGUCUCUCAACAUGAGACGGUGUGGGCUUACAUCCCUAGAGGGCCUCAGUCAAUGCACAGAGCUCCGCUACAUUGAUGUACAUGUAAAUACACCACCCACAUGCUGUAUAAGCUACAGCACCAUUCUAAUGACACUGAAAGCCAGAAAAUGUUUUACACUGAUACAUUACUAUAUAGUACAAGCAUACGCUGCAUACUUUAUCUGUGUUAUAUAGUAUAUUUUAUUGUGUACUAUUGUUAUAUUAGCUACAUACAACACCUCAUACUAUCCCUCACAGUGAUCAAAUGAGCAUGUGAAAAUAUAAAAUCUUUGGAAUUUGAAACUCGAACAUGCUUUGAAUGUCAUGCCUGUGCAGGACAACUCGAUUAUGUUUGUGGACUGUGAGAAUCUGGCUAACCUCAGAGUUCUUCUACUGGGUCGGAACUGUCUGACAUCCAUCCAGCUGAUGCUGUGAACCUGGACAUUCUGGAGCUCUACCACAACUCCAUCACCCACAUAGGUAAGCUGAGCUCAGGAUCCCUCUAAAUUAAACUUUAAAUAGCCACUUUAUACCUCAAAUUCACUAUCUCCAGCAUCACACCAGAGUUGACAUAUGUGAAACAUAGUGAUUUUAUAUGUUUUGAAGUAAAAAAGAUUAGAUGGAAAGAUGCUAAGAAAACUAACCAUUAUGAUGUCUCUGGUUGUGACCACUGCUGUCCACUAGAGAACAGUAUAUCUCUUAUUUUGCAGCCUCUGGACUUAGUCUCCACUCCACUCACUGCUGCUGCUCAAUAGGUAUUGAAAUGUGACUUCCUAAACGUGAAUAGCAGACCAGGAGUCAGGCCUCAGGUCAUGAAUUAAUAUUACCUGCCUGACAAGACCAUCAAUGCUUUUUUAUUGGCAGUUUAGCCUUCAAUGCUACUAAAACGUUCAACUUGGCCCCUGCACUGAAAUUAGAUCUUUGCUUCAUAUUAAUUCUACUUCAGCCCUUUCUUCACGCAAUCUAAUUUUGUCCUUAUACUCUUUGGGUAUGCAACUGAAACAUCAACAUGUCAUUAUCUACUACACAAUAAAAACAAAUGGUUCAAUAAAGUCCCAUUUAAGGGUUAUUUGGCUCGUAACGAUAGCAGAUCACGUUUUGGUGCUAUAUAGAACCCUUUUUUGAAGGUUCUAUAAAGAACCAUGCUCAUACGAUUCUAAGUGGAACCUUUAUUUUGCAAUAAAGAACCCCUUCCUAAGGUUCUAUGAAGAACUAUUAAAAAAAGGUUCUAUAUAGCACCAAAAAGGGUUCCGCUAUUGUUACAACCCUUUUUGAUGCUGUAUGCAGCGGUUCCCAAACUUUUUCACUCAGGCCCCCCUUCCAACAUUGGGAAAUAUUUUGCAGGUUUAAAGCUUAUUUCCUGCAAUUCUACACAUUUGCCAUGGGGUGCAGAGAACAUUUUGCAGUUUUAAAGCUAAUUUUCUUGCAAUUCUAUACAUUUUGCCAUGUCUAAUGUGUAUUCGUGUUAUAUUUGAGUGACUCAAAUAUUACAAAAUCUAUGGGCAAAAAAAAACUAGCUAAAAAAACGUUAGCUGACAUGAGCUUGUUGAUCUGGACAUUUCUGACAAGUUAUAAAUAGCUCUCUAAGGUAUGCAAUGACUGACAUGACAAGAGGAAAACUGAUGAUGCACUACUCCAUUUCAAAAUUGCAUUCCUUGUGCAUUCUAGUAUUACAACUUUCAAGAGUAAGUUGAAAGCUGUAAUGACUUCCUUAAAAAAAGGUUUGGGAACCACUGCUGUAUAGAACCCUUUUAAAUAUUAUUUUUAUAUAACCUUCAUGAAGACAUCAUCACUGGCCAUAGUCAUAUUUUACAUGACAUUACACAACAGAUUAGAUAAACUGGAAUGACACUCUCACUCACGGUUGCACAAAAAGCGCUGUGAUCAAACCACACCCCAAAAUAUUCCACUGCACCUCCGCCCCUACUUUUUAAUUAUCACUAAAAGAGAAAAAAAACUUUUGUGAACGGCAAAGAACCAUUGAAGGUCUCAAAGGGUUCUUUGAGUAAUUAUGGUUCCACAUAGAACCAUCACCCUUCCCACAGAAACCUUGAGGAACCCUCAUUUCUUAGUGUGUAUUUAUAGAACAAUUUACUUUAAAUUAACAAUAAAAUCUUCUUCUUCUUCAUUUAAGAGGGUCUGGAGCCAUUGAAGAGGCUGCAGAAGUUAUUUCUGAACCACAACCAGCUGAUCAGUACUAGAAGACUGAGAGAGGUGUACACGCUGCUACACCUGGACCUGUCUCACAAAUAUCUGUCCAGUGUAGAAAGCCUGGACAACUGCUCUACUCAACACACUGGACCUGACGGGAAACAAUCUCACUGAGGUAAAAUACAUAGUCAGCAUAUCAAUGAUCAAUGAUCAGUCGUGAAGAGGGCACGACAAAGACUAUUCCCCCUCAGGAGACUGAAAAGAUUUGGCAUGGGUCCUCAGAUCCUCAAAAAAUUCUACAGCUGCACCAUCGAGAGCAUCCUGACUGGUUGCAUCACCGCCUGGUAUGGCAACUGCUUGGCCUCCGACCGCAAGGCACUACAGAGGGUAGUGCGUACGGCCCAGUACAUCACUGGGGCCAAGCUUCCUGCCAUCCAGGACCUCUAUACCAGGCGGUGUCAGAGGAAGGCCCUCAAAAUUGUCAAAGACUCCAGCCACCCUAGUCAUAGACUGUUCUCUCUGCUACCGCACGGCAAGCGGUACCGGAGUGCCAAGUCUAGGUCCAAAAGACUUCUCAACAGCUUCUACCCCCAAGCCAUAAGACUCCUGAACAGCUAAUCAUGGCUACCCGGACUAUUUGCGCUGCCCCCCCACCCCAUAUUUUUACGCUGCUGAUACUCUGUUAAUUAUUUAUGCAUAGUCACUUUAACUCUACCCACAUGUACAUAUUACUUCAGCUACGUCAACUAGCCGGUGCCCCCGCACAUUGACUCUGCACCGGUACCCCCCUGUAUAUAUAGCCUCCCUACUGUUAUUUUAUUUUACUUCUGCUCUUUUUUUCUCAACACUUUUUUGUUGUUGUUUUUUAUUUUACUUUUUUAUUAAAAAUAAAUGCACUGUUGGUUAAGGGCUGUAAGUAAGCAUUUCACUGUAAUGUCUGCACCUGUUGUAUUCGGCGCAUGUGGCCAAUAAAAUUUGAUUUGAUUUGGAAUGAUAGUUAAGACCAUGUGGGCCUAAAUACCAGGGAAGUACUAGAUUAAACCAACCAUGGUGUAAAAUAAAGUGCUACCGACAUUACUCCUGCAUGAUGGAUUACAGUAGAUGGAUAGUUUUAGACACCCAGCAGUAGUUUGUUCUUCCUGACCCACUCACACUCACAGCAGCUUUCUGCUGAAGGCCGGCACCAAUGAGUUGAAACGCACAGCAGGACUAAAACGGCUGACAUUGACGAAUUGGAGGCACUUAAGUGGUAAAGCACCAGUAGUGGCUGUCAGUAACAGGUUGAAGUACCCAGCAUGGCUAGGGAAACUAACUCUCUCUCUCUCUCUCUCUCUCUCUCUCUCUCUCUCUCUCUCUCUCUCUCUCUCUCUCUCUCUCUCUCUCUCUCUCUCUCUCUCAGCCACCCAGUCUGAGAAACCAGGUCCUCCUGGUGGAGCUUUGUCUGGAGGACAACAGCAUCUCCUCACUGGAGGGCCAGACUGCCUGCUGGCUCCCCCUGAUGCAGCUCCUCUCUGGGGCCCUAAACAGGUAACAUCACAUGGCAUGUCACCUAAUGCUAAUGUAGCCAAUGUUAAUGGCCAUUAUUAUUAUUUUUUGUAAUAUUUUUGUUUUACUGUACUAGUUAAGUAAUUCAGUGUUUGUAAUAAAUGUGUGUUUUUAAGAAAAACAAUGUAAUAUUGCUGAAUCCUCAGUAAAUAUUACAUGUAGUCCCGUGUAGCUCAGUUGGUAGAGCAUGGCGUUUGCAACGCCAGGGUUGUGGGUUCGUUUCCCAAGAGGGGGCCAGUAUGAAGAAAAAAAACAAAAACUAAUUGUAAGUUGCUCUGGAUAAGAGUGUCUGCUAAAAUGUAUGUAUUUAUUAAUGUUUUACACUAUAACCCAACUAGUAAAAGGUAUAAGCUGACGCACACGCCACAUCUUUUCUAGAGUUGCUGACUAACAGAGAGUAAACUAUAAAAAUAAAGAAAGUCACACACUCUUAUUAUGCUCCCAAACAAUUAAUGUAUAUAGCAACCUGUCACCUCCCCCAGGUAGACCUGUUGUAGCAGCAAUUGACUCAAUGACAUCUAACAUUUCCAAGUUCAUGGAUCAUCAUAUCAAACCAAUGGUUGAGAAUCUCCCAUCACAUGUCAAAGACACUAGUCACAUGAUCUCAUUGGUGGAGGGGCAAAGUGCCAGAGGGCACCUUAUUGGCCACUUUUGAUGUGGAGAGCUAGUACACCAACAUCCCACACAUUUGAGGUCUAAAAGCGCUACAAAACUUACUCCAACAGAGAGACCCUACCCUUGCUCCAGCCAAUGAAUGCAUCCUGCGACUCACUUAACUGGUAUUAUCCAACAACUACUUCGUUUUUUAGUCACUUUUUUCUUCUGAUUAUGGGUGUGGCCAUGGGCUACCCCUUUGCCCCCAACUAUGCUAAUCUAUAUGUGGGACAAUUUGAGGAAGAGCUCAUUUACAAAACAGAGACACACCCCCUCCUGUCUAAAAUCCUCCUGUGGAAGAGAUACAUAGAUUAAGUCUUUGUCCUUUGGGGAGAAAGUCAGAAGGAGCUAAAUUAAUUCCACACUCUGCUAAAUGAGAGCUCCGGAUAUCUCAAAUUCAUCAUGCAUCAUUAAAGAAAAUGACACAUUGCACACUGACUUGUACACAAAGCCCACAGACCGCAACACAGUAUGCAUCCCCUCCCACCCAAGAAUGGUUUACCAUAUAGACAGUUUUGUAAGGUGGCCAACAGUCCGAUUUUGACACCAAUGCUAUGAAAAUGUCUGACAAAUUCAAAAUGAGAGCCUACAAGGACAAAACUCUUACUGAUGCAAUGGUGAAAAUAUCUCAAAGACCAAGCCAAAAAAGAAAAACAAAGCAACAGUCUUUUGCACGAAGUACACCAAGUGCUCAGAGAAAAUGAAAGCUAUCCUGAAAAAACAUUGGUGUAUUCUGCAAUCGGACAAAAAAAUAGCACACAUUUUACAGGAACCCCCCUUGGUGGUCUACAAGCAAGGGCGCAACAUUUAGGACAGCUUAGUAAGAACAGAUCUGCCCCCUGAGCCCACUCAGACACUAUUGGCACCCAUCCCAAAUGGGAAUUGCAAAUGUGGUUCAUGCGCAAAAUGCAACAGCAUCACAAAAACAUCCUUCUUCAGAUACUUGCAUACAGACCGAAAAAAUCCCUGUAAGGGGUGUCAUCUCAUGUAAGACAAAGGGGGUCAUCUAUCUCAUCAUCUGUUUGUGCAGUAAAGCUUACGUUGGGCAAAUGAAAAGACAAUUAAAACAACGAAUUGCUGAACACUUUGUUAAAGCUAACCAUCCUAUCUCCUCCAUCAAAUUCACAGGUAUAGAGCAUGUUACUCUACCAAGGAGAGGAGGUAACAUUGAGACCCUUCUACUACUAGUAGGUUGAAUAUUGACUUUGAUCUCAGGCCCUUUCUAUUAACCUUUCAACUCAAAUAUUUUUUCCCCACAGCUUAUUAGCUUACAUUGCAUAUCAUGUCAAUGUAAAUAGUCUGGGUAGCCAUGAUUAGCUGUUCAAGAGUCUUAUGGCUUGGGGGUAGAAGCUGUUAAGGAGCCUUUUGGACCUAGACUUGGCGCUCAAGUACCGCUUGCCGUGCGGUAGCAGAGAGAACAGUCUAUGACUUGGGUGACUGGAGUCGUUGACAAUUUUUUGGGCCUUCCUCUGACUUCGCCUAGCAUAUAUGUCCUGGAUGGCAGGAAGCUUGGCCCCAGUGAUGUACUGGGCCGUACGCACUACCCUCUGUAGCGCCUUACGGUCGGAUGCCGAGCAGUUGCCAUACCAGGUGGUGAUGCAACCGGUCAGGAUGCUCUCGAUGGUGCAGCUGUAGAACUUUUUGAGGAUCUGGGGACCCAUGCCAAAUUGUUUCAGUCUCCUGGGGGGUAAAAGGUGUUGUCGUGCCCUCUUCACAACUGUCUUGGUGUGUUUGGACCAAUAUAGUUUGUUGUUGAUGUGGACACCAAGGACCUUUAAACUCUUGACCCGCUCCACUACAGCCCCGUCGAUGUGAAUGGGGGCAUGUUCAGCCCUCCUUUUCCUGUAGUCCAUGAUCAGCACUUUUGUCUUGCUGACGUUGAGGGAAAGGUUGUUGUCCUGGCACCACACUGCCGGAUCUCAUCAUUGUCGGUGAUCAGGCCUACCACUGUUGUGUCGUCAGCAAACUUAAUGAUGGUGUUGGAGUCGUGCUUGGCCACGCAGUCGUGGGUGAACAGAGAGUACAGGGGGGACUAAGCACGCACACCUGAAGGGCCCUCGUGUUGAGGAUCAGCGUGGUAGAUGUGUUGUUGCCUACCCUUAACACCUGGAAGUGGCCCGUCAGGAAGUCAAGGAUCCAGUUGCAGAGGGAGGUGUUUAGUCCCAGGGUCCUUAGAUUAGUGAUGAGCUUUGUGGGCACUAUGUGGUUGAACGCUGAACUGUAGUCAAUGAACAGCAUUCUCACAUAGGUGUUCCUUUUGUCCAGGUGGGAAAGGGCAGUGUGGAGUGCGAUUGAGAUUGCUUCAUCUGUGGAUCUGUUGGGGUGGUAUGCAAAUUGGAGUGGGUCUAGGGUUUCCGGGAUGAUGGUGUUGAUGUGAGCAAUGACCAGCCUUUCAAAGCACUUCAUGACUACCGACGUGAGUACUACAGGGCUGUAGUCAUUUAGGCAGGUUACCUUCACUUUCUUUGGCACAGGGACUAUGGUGGUCUGCUUGAAACAUGUAGGUAUUACAGACUCGGUCAGGAAGAGGUUGAAAAUGUCAGUGAAGACACUUGCCAGUUGGUUCGAACGUGCUCUAAGUUCACUUCCUGGUAAUCUGUCUGGCCCGCGGCCUUGUGAAUGUUGACCUAUUUAAAGGUCUUGCUCACAUCGGCUGCGGAGAGCGUGAUCACACAGUCGUCCUGAACAGCUGGUGCUCUCAUGCAUGCUUCAGUGUUGCUUGCCUCGAAGCGAGCAUAAAAGUCAUUUAGCUCGUCUGGUAGGCUCGCAUCACUGGGCAGCUCGCGGCUGUGUUUCCCCUUGUAGUCCGUGCCACAUCUGAGGAGCGUCAGAGCCGGUGUAGUAGGAUUCAGUCUUAGACCUGUAUUGACGCUUUGCCUGUUUGAUGGUUAAUCUGAGGGCAUAGCAUAAUUUCUUAUAAGCGUCCGGAUUAGUGUGCUGCUCCUUGAAAGCGGCAGCUCUUUAGCUCGGUGGGGAUGUUGCUCGUAAUCCAUGGCUUCUGGUUAGGAUAUGUACGUACGGUAACUGUGGGGACGACAUCGUUGAUGCACUUAUUGAUGAAGCCGGUGACUGAGGUGGUAUACUCCACAAUGCCAUUGGAUGAAUCCUGGAACAUAUUCCAGUCUGUGCUAGCAAAAACUGUCCUGUAGCGUAGCAUCCAUGUCAUCUGACCACUUCCGUAUUGAGCGAGUCACUGGUACUUCCUGCUUUAGUUUUUGCUUGUAAGCAGGAAUCAGGAGGAUAGAAUUAUGGUCAGAUUUGCCAAAUGGAGGGCGAGGGAGAGCUUUGUAUGCAUCUCUGUGUGUGGAGUAAAGGUGGUCUAGAGUUUUUUUCCCCCUCUGGUUGCACAUGUGACAUGCUGGUAGAAAUGAGGUAAAACGGAUUUAAGUUUGCCUGCAUUAAAGUCCCCGGCCACUAGGAGCGUCACUUCUGGAUGAGCAUUUUCUUGUUUGCUUAUGGCCUUAUACAGCUUGUUGAAUGCGGUCUUAGUGCCAGCAUCGGUUUGUGAUGGUAAAUAGACGGCUACGAAAAGUAUAGAUGAAAACUCUCUUGGUAGAUAGUGUGGUCUACAGCUUAUCAUGUGGUACUCUACCUCAGGCGAGCAAUACAUCGAGACUUCGUUAAUAUUAGACAUCGCGCACCAGCUGUUAUUGACAAAUAGACACACACCCCCACCCCUCGUCUUACCAGACGUAGCUGUUCUGUCCUGCCGAUGCACGGAAAACCCAGCCAACUUUAUAUUAUCCGUGUUGUCAUUCAGCCACGACUCGGUGAAACAUAAGAUAUUACAGUUUUUAAUGUCCCGUUGGUAGGAUAGUCUCGAAGGGAGAUCAUUCAGUUUACUUUCCAGUGAUUGCACGGUGGCCAAUAGAACGGACGGUAGAGGCGGGUUACCCACUUGCCGACGAAUUCUCACAAGGCACCCCCGAUCUCCGCCCCCUGUAUUUCCGUCUUUUCUUCACUCAAAUGACCGGGAUUUGGGCCUGGUCUCAGAGAAGCAGUAUAUCCUCCAUGUCGGACUCAUUAAAGAAACAAAUCUUCUUCCAGUUCGAGGUGAGUAAUCGGUGUUCUGAUGUCCAGAAGCUCUUUUCGGUCAUAAGAGACGGUAGCAGCAACAUUAUGUUCAAAAUAAGGUACAAACAAUGCGAAAAAACACACAACUUAGCAGAGUUGUUUAGGAGCCCGUAAAACGGCCGCCAUCCUCUCCUGUACCAUUAUUAUAGCAUCUUGAAAUGCUGUAAAAUACACGUUUUUUAACAGUUCCACUUUUUCAUCCCUCAUUAUCUUAAUUACUAUGACACACCCCUCACUGUGUUCAUUGGCUGCACUAAUUGCACUGUUUGUCUACAUAACCACCCUUGUUUCUGGGAAACCAUACACAACAUGAAUCAUUUGCUUACAGAGGCAGUUUGGAACUCGGUAGUGAGUGUUGCAACUGAGGACAGACGAUUUUUACCGUUCUGUGAGCUUGUGUGGCCUACCACUUUGCGGCUGAGCCGUUGUUGCUCCUAGACGUUUCCACUUCACAAUAACAUUACAUACAGUUGACCGGGGCAGCUCUAGCAGGGCAGAAAUUUGACAAGCUGACUUGUUGGAAAGGUGGCAUCCUAUGAUGGUGCCACGUUGAAAGUCACUGAGCUCUUCAGUAAGGCCAUUCUACUGCCAAUGUUUGUCUAUGGAGAUUGCAUGGCGGUGUGCUCGAUUUUAUACACCUGUCAGCAACGGGUGUAGCUGAAUAGCCUAGAUACUAAUUUGAAGGGGUGUCCACAUACUUUUGUAUAUAUAGUGUAUCUUUGUUAGAAAGAAUACUAUAUUUCCCUUGACGUAGUGAUGCUGAAUGUAAAAAAUUGCUCAACUUACCCCACUCUCCCCUACUGUUGUUUCCUGGUAUGUGUAAACAGUUUCCAUUGUCGUAGCCGGCCGCGACCGGGAGACCCAUGGGGCGGCGCACAAUUGGCCCAGCGUCGUCCAGGGUAGGGGAGGGAAUGGCCGGCAGGGAUGUAGCUCAGUUGGUAGAGCAUGGCGUUUGCAACGCCAGGGUUGUGGGUUCGAUUCCCACGGGGGGCCGGUAUGAAAAAAAAUAAAAUAAAAUAAAAUAAUAAUAAUGUAUGCACUCACUAACUGUAAGUCGCUCUGGAUAAGAGCGUCUGCUAAAUGACUAAAAUGUAAAAAUGUAAAAAUAUCAUUCUGCUAUGUGCCUUUCUAUGUGAGUGGUUGGAUGUCUUUUAAGUGUGAAUCUAUGGUAAUGCAUUUGUGUCUAUGGUAUGAAUGCCACACUGGGAAAUGCAAUGCACCUCCAUCAAGUAAAUGUCAGGGGAUCCAGGCAGUAGAUAAAGAUACAGUCUUCACAACAAGAUAAGACACCAGCGAUAGUGAGAUAUAGAGAGUGAAAACCAUAAGUGUAGGGCUCUGCCUAAAGCCCAGGACGCUGCUCUUCCUCUGUGUGUUGUAAAACCUGAAGCUCAGGCCUGUGUUGCUCUGCCUGUCUGUGUGUUGUAGAGCUGCAGAACCUGUGUGAGAGCCUGGAGGGAUGUCCACUCCUCAUAGAGGUCCACCUCACUGGGAAUCCCCUUCAGCAAGAGAUCAGCUGGAAACACAGAAUACGUUUGGGCAACAAACCCUAG